AUGCUUCGUACAUAUGGAUAACAAAGCCACCAAUCAAAUGGCAUCACUGGACCACAUUCUUCGUCUUCUUCCUCUGCUCUUCAUCAUCUCUUCUUUACACGUUUUGCCUUCUUCAGCCACCUCUUCAGACAAACUAAAAACCGUCACUACCAUCCAUAAAGUAAACCGUAAAGGACCUUACGUAGGUCUGGUGACGGUCAUUGAGACAGAAGAAGAUGCUUUCCUGGCCAGUGUUGAAUUCAGACCGGAUCCUACUCACCCGUUUAUUGAUCUCUCUGGUAGACGUUUUCGGAUAGGAAAGAUUCAUGGAAAGAAGGUUAUGUAUGUCAGAUGUGGGAGAGGAAUGGUGAACGCAGCAGCAGUAACACAACAAAUGAUAGACAUGUUCGAUGUGAAAGGGAUUGUGCAUUUUGGGAUUGCAGGAAAUAUAAACAACUCAAUGUCCAUAGGGGACGUUAGCAUUCCUAAGCAAAUCACCAAUGCUGGCUUGUGGGAUUGGCUGAAUCCAGACAAAACAGAGGGAGGUGACGAUGAAGCGUACUUAGAUAUUGGGAACUACAAUGUUCCACAAAGAGAUGGCAACAACAAUAUGUUAGGGAGUUUUAGAUACGGUUACGAGCAACUGUAUUCAGUCACUGGCCAGACAAAUUCACCUCAGAAAGUGUAUUGGAUCAAUACAACUCAAGAGUGGCUUCAUCUUGCAGCUGAUCUAGAGAAGAUGGAGCUGUCGCAGUGUGUGAAUGCAACUGUGUGCCUUCCAGAGAAACCAAAACUGGUUGUUGGAUUAAAAGCAGCCACUGCUAACAUAUUUGUGGAUAAUGCAGUCUACAGAGACUUCUUAUACGAUACUUUUGAGGUUUCUUCCUCAGACAUGGAGAGUUCUGCAGUGGCUAUGACGUGCGUGUCAAAUGGGUAUCCUGUAAUUGUGAUAAGGGGACUAUCAGAUUUAGCAGGAGCACAAACAGGAACUAAUGCUAUUCGAAAAUUUGGAUCAUUGGCUGCUGCUAACACUGCAAAAGCUGUUCUAGAGUUCAUCAAGAAGCUACCUCCAAACUACAACUUUGAUUCUUACGUGUAGCCCUAAUUUAUCAUAAUGAGUGAUUAUAAUCUGUAAUUUUCCAUUAAUCAAAUAUAAAGUAUUCAGCAUCUUACAUGCAACACUUGUUAAUCUCAGGCUUGCACAACUCAAACACACUCACACUAGAAUCUAAUCACAUAUCUCUAAUUCGUCAAUUUGAAACUCAACUUCUAGAGGGGCAAAGGCCAAUCUCAAUCCAAUGCCUUAAGUCUGGAUCAGAUGAAAAGAUUAAAAUAAUUUGAUUACAAAUCGAAGGAUUAGAGUGAAUGUGAUACAAAUUUUAACUCAAUCUUGAUAACAGUGUGAGUAAACGGGUGUAUAAUAACUUACAAGGAAGAGAAAAGUCGUUAUAAUUAGGGUUUCACAUUUCUCGUUGAACCGUUUUCAUCAUCGUUAUCAGAAUACCGCUCGUCAUCAUCAUCAUCAUCAGAAGGAGGAGAAGGAUCGAGACGAGCAGCGUCUAUCGCCCACUGUAUCAGCUUCUCAACUUCAUCAUCUUCUCCGAUUUCACCCGGAGGAAGAACAGAGGAGACCGCGGAGGAGGAGGAGGGAAGAGUAGUCUUCAGAGCAGCGAAUCUGAGCAUGAGAUCGUCUGGCGUCUCCACAACAUCCUUCGAUUUCGGCGGAGAAAUCGGCAUCCGUUUCUGAUCAUUCGUCUCCGUCUUCUUCUUUUGCUGCGAAGGUUUAGAUCUGAGGGCGAGGAAUCUAGAGUGAAGAUCCGGAUCUAGGUAAUCAGGUUUGGAGCGUGAUGCAUGAGAAUCUACGGAGAGUUUGAGAAUCAUCUCGUCUUGUGCGGCUUGAAGUAACUGUUCAACUUCAUCGUCUUCCUCCUUCCCUCUCCUCAUCUCUGAUUAAUCUUCUUCUUCGAUCG